AUGAACGGUUUUCGCUCUUCUUCACCGGGCCCUCUUCACCUCUUCACCUGGCUGCUGCUAUUGAUCCCUCACUCGGUCGACUCUUCGCUGCUCUCCACCAUGAGGAACAAAAAGAGCGAGUAUCUCUUGAUCGAUCUUGACAGCAUCGACAACAAGGAGAUUGCCCGUGCGGUACUGCCGCGAACAGAAAGAGACUACAAGGAGGCCUUGAAUCUAUUUGACAUUUUCAUCGAGUUGCACCCUACAUCUCAAAAUCCGCCGAACCUUCAAACAAGCAAAGGGUUCUUGCUCUGGAUAGCCCUGAACAAACAUGGUCGCAUCGAAGAGAAGCCCACUUUGGAGACGCUGCAGGGAUUCCGUCGAGACUUCCAGGCGGGAAUGCGGAAAUUCAGAGAUUUUAUCUUCACUACAGAGCAUUCCGCCACACUCAAAGAGUAUAUCAGUGGCGAUCUGAGGCCUUAUCUGUCCACCGCGGAGAUGAAAAAGAAUGCAUUUUCCCCAAACGAUCUGAUGAUAGUAAUGACACAACUCUGGUGUCGAGAUUCGCUUGAAUAUCGCGGCUACCCCCCCGGAUCGAUCCCGGGAGAAGUUCACGAGUCGACUGCACGGCGGAGGUCGGCCAGACAGCGUGACGAAGAAGAUUCGGACAAGAUACUUGAGGCCCGCACUAUGGCUGCCUGCUACAAGCACUUCACACUCACCAUCGAGGUCGUGGAUAAAGAGCCAAUGCUUGUGUUGACCUAUGAAAGAGAGUUUGUCAAGGGCUACCACAGGAAGAAUGAGUGGCAAAUUCCUAUCCACGCAUUUUACGAAUCAUACACGGAGCACAUGCCUCUAAUGUUGAACCUUCUCACGUUCUUCUUGCCUUUAGCGAUGGCAGAUAAAGCAAUCGAGAAUUAUUCAUCUGUCGGUGCGCUUCUGGAUGCAGCGAGUACCUAUGGAACAGGCCCCACACAGAAUAAUGUACUGGAGGUAAUACAAUUCAAGCAAGAAGCGCUUGGCACCCCCGUCUUCCGCCAAUAUACCGACUUGGGAGUUGCAAAAAGUGCCAGUAGAGCUCGGGGAGCGGAUUCCUUUGGUAAGAGCAUUGUAGCCUUGGGCUUUCGUAGCGGGUACAGCCAAAAUGUUACGAUUCGGGGCUGUCGAAGAUGGGCACUUAUGGAAGCAGACAAGAAGCAUACCGAGACAGCAAGAAUGAAAUUUGCUGGCCAGAUGAAACGAGAGACGUUUGGAAGAUCAUAUGCCCAUCCGCUGAGCGAGAUUGAUGGGCCUGCCAACUUUCUUGGAAUUGCAAGCCGCGAAGAGCACAUUAGGAACCGACGCGGCAUGGGGAUAUACCAAAGCUUUGACGCUUGCCAAUAUCUACCUGCAAAGGAACAAUUUGAAUUCGAAAGCAGAAAAGACAUCCGAGAAUUGGACAGUGAGUUGUGGGAUCUUGCCGACCAUUUGUCAGCUCUUUCCGAUGUGCAAGGCAGAAAAGAAAUACAGAAGCGCCAAAGAUCUGUGUACGACAGAAAGAAACAGCUUUAUAGAGAAGCAGUCAAACAAAUACGCGACAACAGUAAGAAAGGGUCGACUACCAGCAAUACCAGGACAGAGACUCUCUUCCACUACCGCCGCCGCGUUAUGCCCAAUAGAGACAUUCUUGCCAGACUUCUUCCGAGAAAAGUCUCGUUACGCCCUUGGAAGGAAAAUGUCGUUGUGGAGCCGAUAUCAAUGACUUUAUACCUCAUAGACAAUGGCUUCAUCUCUAUAGGUGCAAUAAGACAUACCACCGUCGCCAUAACCCCGGGGAGUGGGAGCUUCAUUGUUUCGAGCAUCUUGAACAACCGGAUCUGCUUCUCCGUUGCGAUCUGCUAA